AUGAUCCAAGAGGAUGAUUGUUCACCAAAUUUUCUUGGCCAAAUACACAAUUUUAAAUAACAAAAAUAACAUCCUCUUGAGGAUAAAUAAAUUGAAAAUGGGCCUUGUAUAUUUGAUAUUGAAGAUGAGUAAAACGAAUUCUAAUAGUUUGAAAAUAAAAAUUAAGAAAUUAUAUAAUCAAGUAAAUAGAGUCAGGAUGAUAUUGAUUGUGAGUAACCAGAUUUAAAAUCUACAAAACGUAUGUCUUCAAAAAUAGAUAAAAUGAAACAUAAAAAUAAAAAUAAAAGCAAUAGGGAUUAUUAAGUCAUUGAAGAAGGUGUAGAUGAACAAUAGAAAACCAAAAAUUUAAAUAAUUAUUACAUAAGGCAUAUUGUUAAGGAAAUCAGAACUAUACUGUAAAAUGAAGAAACUGAAGCCAACCUAAUGUAACUAUUAGAUGGAAAAUAUAAUUGUACUUAAUUGGGGAAGAUUUUAGAUGAGGAAUUGUAUAGAUAAAUAGCAAUAAGCUAUAUUCUGAGUUUUAAUUUUUUUAAUGAUUUACUAUCUUCUAAGAAAUUAAAAGAUGUCGAACCUAUUAUAAAAUAUGCAAGACAAUUAGAGAAAAUUAGUUUUAAAAACGAAAUUUUAUAUUUUAAAGACUGA